AGCGUUGCUGCGCUUAAUAAAAUGGAAUUAUGUUUUAAUUGAUUUUAUUUCCUCUUGAUAUACUGGCAAAACUCAUUCUUCAUUCCUUCUAGAGUGACUAAAGUCGUGGGAGCAAGCGCUCUAAGCAUGUGCGGAAAAGCUGCGGGGAGUUUGCGGAACUUGCUUCAGGCCUUCACUAAAGAACUGUUACAAGAUUGAACAAAGCUAGGUCUGAUCUGAGUCAAAUCAUGAUUUCAAAGCAGCAACGAAAUAAAGAUGGCCGCGUGCCAUUCUUUACAUUAUAAAAUGACAAGCAUGUGCUGUGAGUUCUGACUCUCUGCUAUACCCAAGUUCAUCCUAAAGAAACAUAGCAGUCUAGAGCGCAAGAUAUCAUUGGUACUUCUUUGGCAUUAUAAGAAAACUCCACCAACACGCCAUGUCUCCUACAAAACCAGUCAAGAUUGCCCUCGGCACACACACAGUUGGCGAUAAAACCGUGGCGCCAGGUAUCGUUCAUUGGGACGAGCAAAAAGAUGUCCAGGCUCUUCUCGACACAUUUUACAACCGCGGCCACAGAUAUAUCGAUACUGGGAGCAACUAUCCUCACUCUGAAGAACGCCUUGGUAAAGCUGGAGCUGCAAACCGUUUUACCAUACUGACCAAAGUCCGAGACGGCAUCCCGGGAUCCCACACGUCUGCCAAGAUCGAAGCAAGCAUCAAACAGUCUCUUGAGGAGCUCAAGACGCCCUCCGUGGACACUAUGAUGCUGCAUGUUCCCGAUCGCGAAACACCUUUUGAAGUCGCCGCUAAAGCGAUGAACGACGCUUUCCGAAAGGGACAGUUCAAGCACUUCGGACUCUCAAACUACGCCGCCACUGAAGUACAGAGGUUUCUCGACAUAUGCGAGGAAAACGGCUACGUCAAGCCCACCGUCUACGAGGGACAUUACAAUGCGAUCUAUAGAAGCGGCGAGAAGGAGCUCUUUCCCUUGUUGCGUAAACACAAUAUCACCUUCUACGGCUUUAGUCCCGCGGCGGGUGGUCUCUUUUCAGGUCGCAAUGCCUCAACUAACUCUAAGCGAUGGGACAAGGAUAACCAGAUCGGGAAGAACUACACUGGAUUUUAUGGGCACCCAUUGAUCCAAGCCUGUGUAGCCCCGAUUCUUGCUGCCGCUGAGAAACACGGCAUCAGCGGUCAUGCCGCUGCGCUACGGUGGACCGCUUUUCAUAGUACUCUUGAUGGAGUUUACGGAGAUGGGAUCAUCUUCACGGCAUCUAGCAUAGAGCAGCUCAAUCAGACUCUUGACGCAAUUGACGCAGGCCCUCUUCCCGCUGAUCUUGCGGAUACUUUCUCAAAACUCUACUCAUCUAUCGAAGAGGCUGUCGUUUCAUACCACUUGUAGGGUUUCUAUUGCAUAUACUUGGGUAUACGUCAAGAAAGGAAUCGAAAAUUGAGGCAGCGAAUAGACGAGGUUGAGCAAGUUGCAACACAGAACUUAAGUUGGACACAUAAGAAAUGAAAAAGCAUAACUAUACAUAUUACAUUACUGAAUAUCACCCUUUGCCAAGCGAGA